AUCCAUCAUGGGAAGUCAGUCAUGGCUUGCUAGGAUUUUGCCACCUAUUCCUGACAGGGAAAAGGACCUGGAGGCCAAGUUUAUCAUUCAAAUGGAGAAAAGCAAAACAACAAUCACAAACUUAAAGAUCCCAGAAGGAGGAACUGGGGACUCGGGCAGGGAACGGACCAAGACCUUCACCUAUGACUUCUCUUUUUACUCUGCUGACACAAAAAGUCCAGAUUAUGUUUCACAAGAAAUGGUUUUCAAAACUCUGGGCACAGAUGUUGUGAAAUCCGCAUUUGAAGGUUAUAAUGCUUGUGUCUUUGCAUAUGGGCAAACUGGAUCUGGGAAGUCGUACACUAUGAUGGGGAAUUCUGGCGAUUCUGGAUUAAUACCUCGGAUCUGUGAAGCACUCUUCAGUCGAAUCAAUGAGACCACUAGAUGGGAUGAAGCCUCUUUCAGGACAGAAGUCAGCUACUUAGAAAUUUAUAAUGAACGCGUGAGAGACCUGCUCAGGCGGAAGUCAUCGAAGACCUUCAAUUUGAGAGUCCGUGAGCACCCCAAAGAAGGACCUUAUGUUGAAGAUUUGUCUAAGCAUUUAGUGCAGAACUACGGUGAUGUGGAAGAACUUAUGGACGCAGGGAAUAUCAACCGUACCACGGCGGCGACGGGGAUGAACGAUGUCAGUAGCAGGUCUCAUGCCAUCUUUACCAUCAAGUUCACUCAGGCAAAAUUCGACGCUGAAAUGCCAUGCGAAACUGUGAGCAAGAUCCAUCUCGUCGAUCUUGCUGGAAGUGAGCGUGCAGAUGCCACUGGUGCCACUGGGGUCAGACUCAAGGAAGGGGGCAAUAUAAACAAGUCCCUCGUCACUCUGGGAAAUGUCAUUUCUGCCUUAGCUGAUUUAUCUCAGGAUGCAUCCAACCCUCUUGUGAAGAAGAAGCAAGUUUUUGUGCCUUACAGGGAUUCAGUUUUGACGUGGCUGUUGAAAGACAGCCUUGGAGGAAACUCUAAAACCAUCAUGAUUGCCACCAUUUCACCUGCUGAUGUCAAUUAUGGAGAAACCCUAAGUACCCUUCGCUAUGCAAAUAGAGCCAAAAACAUCAUCAACAAGCCUACCAUUAAUGAGGAUGCCAACGUCAAACUCAUCCGUGAGCUGCGAGCUGAAAUAGCCAGACUGAAAACCCUGCUCGCUCAAGGGAAUCAGAUUGCCCUCUUGGACUCCCCUACAGCAUUAAGUAUGGAGGAAAAACUUCACCAGAAUGAAGCAAGGGUCCAAGAAUUGACCAAGGAAUGGACAAACAAGUGGAAUGAAACCCAGAAUAUUUUGAAAGAGCAGACCUUAGCCCUCCGGAAGGAAGGCAUUGGUGUGGUUCUGGACAGUGAGCUGCCCCAUUUGAUUGGCAUCGAUGAUGACCUUCUGAGCACCGGCAUCAUCCUGUAUCACUUGAAGGAAGGUCAGACUUACGUUGGCAGAGAAGAUGCUUCAACUGAGCAAGAUAUUGUGCUUCAUGGCCUCGACCUGGAGAGUGAACACUGUGUCUUUGAGAAUGCCGGGGGAACGGUGACUCUGGUACCCCUGCGCGGGUCCCAGUGCUCGGUGAAUGGCGUCCAGAUUGUGGAUGCCACACAGCUAAACCAAGGUGCUGUGAUACUCCUCGGAAGAACCAACAUGUUCCGCUUUAACCAUCCGAAGGAAGCUGCCAAGCUCAGGGAGAAGAGGAAGAGUGGCCUCCUGUCCUCCUUCAGCUUGUCGAUGACCGACCUCUCGAAGUCCUGUGAGAACCUGUCUGCCGUCAUGCUGUAUAACCCUGGUCUUUUCCCUAUAAAAGGACCCAUCUGUCUAAGACUUGAAUUUGAGAGACAGCAGCGUGAAGAACUUGAAAAACUGGAAAGUAAAAGGAAACUCAUUGAAGAGAUGGAGGAAAAGCAGAAGUCGGACAAGGCAGAGCUGGAGCGAAUGCAGCGGGAGGUGGAGACCAGGCGCAAGGAGACUGAGCUAGUGCAGCGGCAGAUCCGCAAGCAGGAGGAAAGCCUCAAGCGCCGCAGCUUCCACAUUGAAAACAAGCUCAAGGACCUGCUGGCCGAGAAGGAAAGGUUGGAGGGAGAGAGGCUCCGGGAACAGCAGGGACUUGAGCAGUACAGGAGGCAGGAGGAAGAGAGCGUCUCUCGCAUCCGAGAGGAGCUUCGCAGGCUUCAAGAGCUCAGCAGCCAGGAGCAGGCCGAGAAGGUCCAGACAUUCCAGGACCUGGACUGGCUGCACAGAGAACAAGGUGCCCAGAGCGCCAAGCUGCAGCUGGAGAAAAGGAGGCUGGAGGAGCAGGAGAAGGAGCAGGUGCUGGGGAGGCAGGGCACUGCUCCACUAGUGCGUCCUGGAGAGGCCCAGCGGGCCCAGGACGAGAAGAGGGAGCUAGAGAUCAUCCGAGAAGCCCUACUGCAGGCCAGAGAGACCGCAGCGGGAGGGGACCACGCCUGCAGGGAUGAACUGGAAAGGGCCCAGCUGCACUUCCUGGAGUUCAAGAGAAGGCAGCUUGUCAAGCUAGCAAACCUGGAGAAGGACCUGCUACAGCAGAGAGACCUCCUACGCAGAGAAGUCCAAGAAGAGAAAGAAGCCCUGGAGCAUGUAAGAUGUGAAACCAGUGAGGAACCUUGCUUGUUGGCAGCAGAUAAUGGCAGCAUUCUCUGUGAGCCUCAGGAUCUCCAGAAAAUAAAGACUGCAGAGUCCAGUGUGCAGAGCAAAGAGCGGCAGCUAAGGAACCUUCUGCAAAAUCAUUUGCCAGCUCUGCUGGAGGAAAAGCAGAGAGCUCUUGACAUCCUUGACCAGGGCACCCUGGGCUUAGAUAAUACUCUCUACCAAGUAGAGAAAGAAAUGGAAGAAAAAGAAGAGCAGAUCACACAGUUCCAGGCUAGCGCUGGCCAGCUGCAGCAGCUUCUGGCAACCUUGGAGUUCACAGCAAACGUGGCCAGACAGGGAGAGAAGGCAAGAAAUAAGGAGAAGGAGAUUCUGGAAUCCCAGGAGAAGCAGCAGAGAGAGGCAUUGGAGCAGGCUGUGGCCAAGCUAGAGCAGAGGUGCUCUGCCCUGAAGAGGCGCUCUGCCCUGGACCUGGAGAUCCAGGAGCAGAGGCCGAAACUUGGCUCUCUCCACAGCAACGAAUGUUCAGGGCUCGGGGCCAGUCUGGAGGCGCUCGAGAAGGACCCUGCAAGAUUAGAAUAUGAAAUCCAUCAGCUGAAGCAGAAGAUUUGUGAGGUGGAUGGUGUUCAGAGACCUCAUCGUGGGACUUCAGAGGGGAAAGCUGCUCUUUCCAGUUUGCCGCCUAGUGCUGAAAACUCUCACCUGGCUCCACUGAUGGAUGCCAGGAUCAGUGCUUACAUUGAAGAAGAAGUCCAAAGACGCCUUCAUGAUUUGCACAGGGCAGUUGGUGACGCCAGCCAUGCAUCUGCUGAUGUGAUGAAGAGUAAUGAGGAACUUCACAAUGGCGCCACUCAACGUAAGCUAAAGUAUGAGCGGCUGUAUUCUCGCUCUUUGGGAGCGAAUCCAGAUGACCUGAAGGACCCCAUUAAGAUUAGUAUUCCCCGCUAUGUCCUGUGCGGUCAAGGGAAGGAUGAACACUUCGAGUUUGAAGUCAAGAGACCUGAUGAGCUACAGCUGCAGUCAUCAGAGCAGGGCCAUUGCAGUUGCUGCUCCAGCCGUCCCCUCCAGCAGUCCCUGUCCUUCCUUUUGAAUGCUCGGCAGGGAACUGAGUCCCACCUGUUUGAAAACCAAGUAACUCCAUGUAAAUUGCAGGUGCCCAGUGUAAGUUUCCUGAUUAUUACUGUCUCACCCCAAAUGCUUCCAAAGGCAGAUGGCUACUCCUUAGAAGACUUGAAACUUUGUAGAAUAAAGAGUUGCAUAAUUAAUUGCAUAAAUUAGUUAAUGUAACAUUAACUGUGUGAUUAGUAUCUGGGAUGUGUGCUUUGACCAUGAUUGGAACUAAAUGGUAAGGAGCCAGGGGGAGUUAAGUAAUUCCUCUGGGGAGGGAAGAGUGAGAGGAUAUCAUGGAGGGGGUAGCUGUGGUGGAAAGCCCACCUUGAAACUCAGGAGAACCCUCUUGCUAGGGAAAGUCGCAUUGGUCCCAUGAGACUAUUCAGAAGCUGACAAGAGGUUCUGGAUCCUGGAUGAGGGUGUUGAGGCCCUUGACUGUAUUCUGAGCAGAGGUGAGGGUGAGACUUCUGAAUGUACGUUUCUAACAAGUUUCUAAGUGAGGCUUGUGCUUUUAGUUAGUUCAUACGGCUUUAGGUAAUGAACUUUUAUAGAGGGCAAAAAUCACUGACACGUGUAUGCUAGCUUAUUAAAGUGCUAAGAUAGGGGGCAAAAAAAAGUAUGCGUUGCUCAGAAUGUGCCAGUAAUGGUCCUCACUGUCCAGCCCUCUCUCCACCACUGCCCCUUUUUCUGUGUGAGAGACCAAAACAAGUGUGAGGUGCAUGCUGGGCACGCUCUCUACUGCUGCUGUUGUGAGCUCUGUUAGGAUCUCUGCGGGAUCCUGGCACCCUGGGGUAACACGCCAUAGACAGAUCCCUCUGCUGCCUUUAUCACCUCACUAAACCCGGUCUGAACAGGAAAGCGUAGGAAAGCACAGCCAUCCCCACACUGGCCCCCUCUUUCCUUUCACGUGCACAUCACGAAAGCAUACUGCCUCUGUUAGAAGCGCCAAGUACUAAGACCGAGAAAACUGACUAGGGCAGAACUGAAAGUGUUAGAGUGCAACCGUAGGAAGGGACUUCUGGCUCCUCUUGCCUUCUCCCCGCCCUGUGCCCAGUGGCCCUGUGGCUGUCCUGGUGCUCGCUGCGUGCAGUUGGAGGAGGUAGAGUCCUUGAGGAGGCCCUGUCCCGGGCUGCUGUGAGAAGGAGCAGUGACACCAGAGCUGUGAUGUGCCCUCCUCUCCCCAGAAUCAAGCCGUGGUUAGGGUCAGGCUGCGAAAGCCGCAGAGGAAGAAAGCAUAGGCCGAGGUGCCCCAGGCUCAGUGCGCAGUUCCUGUCGCCCGGGUUUUAUUUGAGCUUUAAAAGGAUUGUUCUCCCUGGAGAAAUUUUUGAAAUAUAUAUGCUGUUUUAAAGUCAGUAAGCAGUGGAGGACAUUACAGACAAUUCUGUCUUAGGGCUUGGUCUUCAGCUGGUCUUUAGGACGCCUCCCAUUUGUCACAUGCGCUUCCAAGGGGCUGUGACACACAGAAUGAAAGAGCUUUCCUGGAACUCACACUUCAGUGGGGAAAAAAAGCCAAAACCAAGAUAACUAUAGGCCAUAUCUGUUUGUUAUGCUAAUUACAAAAAAAAGAGAGGAGAAAGUCAAGGAGGAAGGGAGGUGCAAUUUUAGGUAGAAAAUGACAUCAUUAACAGUGUGGCUUUUGAGCAGACUUGAAAGAAACAAGGUAACUGCUCACAUGGAUGUUUCUAAAGAGAAUGAAGCACACAGUCCCUGAGGCCACACCUGCAGCGUGCACAUUGUCCGUGCUCAGGUUCCCCGAGACCACCCCUGCACUGUACGUGUCUGCUCUUUUCCGGGGACGCCUGGAGUCGGGAGCUGUUUUAGAUGAGCCCAGGGAGAAGCUAGGCCACGUCAGGGAAAGAGCUUGAGCUUGUACCUCAGGAGAGUGGGUGUCAUGGGCUGGUGAUUUGAGCAAAGAAAUGGCCUCAGCUGGCAGAGUUCAACAAGACCCCUUUGACAAAAGAAUGAAAGGAAUGAGGAGGAGGAGGCAAGCACAAUCUAGUGACCGACAUUAGAAUAAUUAGAAAUUGUGGACCUGGUGAGAAAUGGACAGGUUCCUGUUCUGAAUAGUUAAACUAAGGGGUUUGACUGAUUACACGUAAGGUGUGAGAAAAAGGAACAUUGAGCAUGACACCGUGGUUUGAAACUGAAUGGACAGAAUGAUAUUAACUGGAGCAGGGGGAGGGGUAAGAUUUGCUGAUGGUUGAUUUUAGCAAAUGUGCCCAGCUGAGCUUGACGUUCAUUUUGGGCAUCUAUGUAAGCAGUAGGAUAUAUGAGUCCAGGUUUGGCAGGAGAUGAGUGUCUGGAAAGUCCUCGUGUGUAAGUUUGAGCAGUGAGAUCACUUAAGGAGAAAGCGCAGGUAGAAAAUAAAACAUGUUCAAGGAUGAAUCCUGGUGCAGUUAAUGUUUAGAGGUCAAGGAGACAAGGAAUCCCUGCAAAGAAAAGUGUAAAAAUAAAGGAAUAGCAACCUGGAAGCUAAGCACACGUGAGCAAGAGGUGUGAGCAGGAGGCGUGAGCCGGCUCUUCUUGGCUCCUUCCCAAAGGUGAAGUGGAGCAUGGGCUUUAGCAGGAUGGAGGUGGUGGGGAACUCGGUGGAGUCCUAUUUUAGUGUGGCUUCAGGAGAAAACCAGAAGAAAUAAAUCGGUGAUGUCAUAUAAAUAAGCCUUUUAAAAGAAGUUUGUUUUAAUGGUGAGAAUGUGGAGUGCUAGCUGGAAAGGAAGGGGUAGAUGGGAGUUUAAGAUUGCAGAGUGAUAAUCUGUUAAAUGACUGUGAGGACAGUGUGACAGAGGAAAUACACUGGUGUGUUAGACAAGAGGAUCAGUGUGUUUCUCUGGAAACACAGUGGGUUGCAGCAUGGUCCUCUAGACAGUUGGUCUGAACUGGAGUUCUGGAACACUUGCUGCCUGGUGUGGGGACAGGGGAAGCUCAGAACACGCGGUACAGACCCUGUCAAGAGUGCUAGUGCUGUACUCUGGGGCUUUCUGCCUGUGUGGGCAGGCUGUUAGGGCUGUGGUUCAGAUGUAAACAGAGGGGACAGAUGUCCCUACUGGAAGCUGAGGCGAUGGGUGUGCUUGCUGCAUUCUGGCGUCCUGAGAUCUUGCAGGGGCUCCACUGUGGAACCAAGAGGUCUGAUGGGGAGGCUUCCCAUGAAGGAGGCCUUAGACUCUCAGUUAUGAGAAAAACUUCAACUUCCCUCAGUGAUCUUCUUGUGCAGGGCCUCUCCUCGCCUCUGAGACCUCCUACAUCUUCCAACUCACACAUCAUAAUGUUGUUGCAGUAAUGCUCUGGCUUUCCUGGACCACCAGGCAUGUGGGAAGAUGAAAGGCCUCCUCCAUGCUCUAAUCCUCCCUUGUGUGCCUGGUUCCUGGCCACCCAAGGCCAUGCAUUACCCAGUUCUGCUCCAUUGCUUCUGUCAGCCUUCCCCUGUACCUCAAGGUCUGCUGAGGAUGGAUCUGAAGAGGAGAAUACCAGCCCGGCUGCCAGGAGCAGUAGUCCCCAGCCUGGCAUACCAUAGCAAGCCUCAAAGGCACACCUCAGCUGUGGAGCACCUGCAUUGGCACUUCGUUAACAACCCACUUCUUGAUUUUUAUGGGAAUAGCUGUUUGCAGAGAAACCCGUGAGAAGAAACCUGCCAUUAUUAAAAUGUUAAUGAAAAAGCAAGUUCAGAAGCACAAUAAUAAAAAUGUACGUCAUUGUACAGGCUCCAGAAAGGCACAUUUGCCAAUCUAGAGAUGAGUGAAUCAGACAAUGCUGGGAUUCAAGACUUUCUUCCUCCUGAAGCUCCCUAUCUGAGUAUUCUUUCAUUGUGACUUCUUUUUUGCUGAUGCCCCAUGGUGUACUACAUGUUUGUCUAAUGUGCAGGCUAAGAUUUUCCACACUUGGUGCCAGGUUAGAAUUAGGUCAUUUUCUAGGAGCAGAGGGAAGUGCUGACAAGUCCCAGCACCUUGUUCAGAUGUAGGGCAGUUAACAGAAAGACAGCUGAGGAUGGCUGCCCCACCUCCACUUGGCCAGGUAUGUUGUGUGUGGUUCAGUGUGUUAGACAGGAGAAUGUCAAGUUGAAUUGGAAAUGCCUGGGGAACAUCCAGAGAAAGUUGUCUCUCUGCUGGGUUCAUGGUCUGGAGCUCUGAGCAGUGGCAAGCAGAGCUGAGAAGCAAGGUUAAUGGCGGUGCUGAGCUGUGCCCGUGGAGGCGCUGAGGUUCAGCGGUUGCUGCUGGCUGUGAUGCGCUGUGGCUGGCUUUUACCCCAGGAAACCAGGAAGAGCCUUUGGCAGAGGUUAUCUCCCUAGAAAUGCAGAACCCACUGCUAUGUGUUUGAGGUAGUGAGCACACAUGCAAUGAAGUAUUUUCCUUAAUUCUCUUUGUCCCUUUUCUUUUUCUCUUCCCCCUUUUCUUUUUCAUUCUCCUCUUGUUCUGUCGUGUUCCCUGUGGUGACCAUGGUGACCCACAUUUUACAUGGAAUACAUUGCUGUACCCAAAGAAUAUCUUCUGGGAUUCUACCAGCUCAGAGAGCUAAGAGAUACUAUUUUUCCUGAUAAUAUAACAUAAUUAUGUAUGUGGGGGUUAUACCAUGCAUAUAUGUGUAUAUAUAAUAUGAUUUGUGUGUAUCUGUGAGAGAGGAGGGAGGGAGGAAGGAGAGAUGCACACAUGUUCACUGGCAUGCAUGUAGAGGUCAAAGGACAAUUUCCAGGGGUCAGAUCUCUUGGGACCUGUUAAGAGGUGCUCUUUUGGCCCUAGCUUUACAUAGAUGCCACUUAUAAUAAGAUAUACAAGCCAUGGCAGCAGAAGAUGCAUGCUUAGUGGGACACAGUUACUAUUUAUAAGUUCUAUUUAUGCAGCUAGAUUAAUGUUUUCAGUUGUGGAACAUUUUACAUGUUAAUUAUAAUUACUUUUAAUUUUCAGAUUAUGUUUUUAAAAGUUUAGUUCCUUUUUUCUUGUAAUUAAUGCUGAC